UCUGAAGUUCACUGUGAAGCAGCCUGUGUGUUUCAUUCAGAGCUUUAGCUACGGCCAGAUUCAUCCCACAAAAUGGCCGUCCUUUUUGGAUUUUACAUUCUGGGGCUAAUUUUUACAACCAUUCUCAUACUUCUUCUGGCAUCCACUACAUAUCAUCCACUAAAGAGUUACAUUCAAAAAUGGAAUGAAAUGAGGCCAAUUCCAGGAAUGGCGGGCGCUUACCCAAUCAUUGGCAAUGCACUGCAGUUUAAAACGAAUGCGGGCGAUUUUUUUAACCAGAUUGUUGAAGGCACAAAUGAAUACAGACACCUUCCUCUUGCAAAAGUGUGGGUGGGACCAGUCCCCUUUCUGGUCUUGUAUCAUGCAGAGAAUAUUGAGGUGGUCCUCAGCAAUUCCAGACAUAUUGAUAAAUCAUACUCAUAUAGAUUCCUGCACCCCUGGCUUGGCACAGGCCUGCUCACCAGCACAGGCGAGAAGUGGCGUAACCGGCGUAAAAUGCUGACUCCUACCUUCCACUUCUCGAUUCUCUCUGACUUCCUGGAGGUAAUGAAUGAACAAACUGAUGUUUUGAUACAGAAGUUGGCAAAGCAUGCAGAUGGGGAGCCAUUUAACUGCUUCAGCAACAUUACAUUAUGUGCUUUGGACAUCAUAUGUGAAACUGCAAUGGGCAAGAAAAUCUAUGCUCAGAGCAAUGCUGACUCUGAGUAUGUCCAAAGUGUCUAUAAAAUGAGUGACAUCAUCACCAAGAGACAGAGAGCACCAUGGCUGUGGCCAGACUGGAUUUACAACAUGUUAGAGGAAGGCAAAGAACAUUCCAGAAGACUGAAGAUUCUCCACUCCUUUACUGCAAGUGUUAUCAAGGAGAGAGCAAAUUUUAUGAGCUCUGAAUCUGACAGUGAUUCUGACCAGGGGCAGAGGAAGAGACAAGCUUUCCUAGACAUGCUGUUAAAAACUACUGACGAGAAUGGGAAGAAUCUGAGUCAUGAGGAUAUACAGGAAGAAGUGGACACCUUCAUGUUUGAGGGUCAUGAUACCACUGCAGCGUCUUUGAACUGGGCCUUACAUCUGAUUGGCUCCCAUCCUGAAGUCCAGAGGGCAGUGCAAGCCGAACUACAGGAAGUGUUUGGUUCAUCAGAGCGCCACGUGGGGGUGGAGGACCUGAAAAGGCUGCGCUACCUGGAGUGUGUCAUCAAGGAGAGUCUGCGUCUCUUCCCCUCUGUGCCUCUUUUUGCACGCAGCAUCUGUGAGGCCUGUCACAUCAAUGGGUUCAAAGUCCCAAAAGGAGUAAACGCUGUCAUCAUACCAUAUGCUCUUCACCGGGACCCGCGUUACUUUCCAGAACCUGAGGAAUUUAGACCAGAAAGGUUUCUGCCAGAGAACAGCAAAGGAAGACAUCCAUAUGCGUUCAUCCCGUUUUCUGCAGGGCCAAGAAACUGCAUUGGCCAACGCUUCGCCAUGAUGGAGGAGAAGGUAGUUCUUGCAACAGUCUUGAGUUACUUUGACGUAGAGGCAUGUCAGAGCCGUGAGGAACUGAGGCCUCUGGGAGAGCUCAUUCUGCGUCCUGAGAAGGGCAUUUGGAUCAAACUACAAAGAAGAACCAAAUGACUCCCACCACCAUAAAACUUGUCCUCAGAUCACUAACAAACUUCAAUCUGUGUGCUGCUAGUUAUAAGUAAAUGAUAAUGCACAGUCAGCCCCUCAUUAUUGCAAAAUAAACCCUGACAGGAUGAUAAGUUAAUGGAUGAACCCUAACCUAAAGUGCAGGGGUCUUGUAUACCCCUGAAGUGGUUUAUUGUGCUGAAAUGACCGACUGUCUGUACAUUAUCCUUCAUUAUCAUAGGAAUUAUUUUUUAUGUGAAUAGAAAGAGACCAUGGAGUGAACUUGCACAGCUAUGUAAGAAGUUGGUUGCCUUGGACUACGGUCAGUUAUACAGUUUAUUAGUUCUGAUACAAAUAUAUUUGACUGCGGAAUGAUGCAACUGACCUGUCAGAAUCAAGUAUUUUCUAAGACUGCGGACCUUAGAUGUACAGUAUAGACACAUUAUUGUAUAAAUCUAACUGUAUGAUUCUCAAUGUCUCUAUUAUCCUUAAACACUAUACUUGCACA